GCGGAUCCAGCGCCGGUGUGCACCGACCCCGGAGCUCCCCGAGCUCCCCGAGCUCCCCGAGCUCCCCGUGCUCCCCGAGCUCCCCGAGCUCCCCGUGCUCCCCGGUGCGCGCGAGCCUGGAGCGCCCCGUGCGGGCGCCCCCCCCGGGCACCGCCCUGGGGCCCCCCUGCGGGCGCCGCCUCGAGCGCCCCCCGCGGGCGCCUCCCGCGGGGUGGCGCGGCCCCGCCCCGCCCAAGGAUCCCGCACGAGCGCAGUGCCGCGCAGGAGGCUCACGGCUCGGGACAGGGAGCAGCUCCGCGACGAGGCCUACAAGCGGCGCGUCGAGACCGUCGGCGACUUAGCUACAGACGGGGAGUGGCAG